AUGUCAAGUCGACCGCCGCCUAAUAUUCCACCUAAUAUUCCACCAACAAGAGAUCGAGCAGUUGCUGAUAUUAUGUAUCGUUGUUUACAAAUGGAUCCACAUCGACGUCCCGACCGAGUUUCGAAUAAUAACGCGCAAGAAGCUGCGAGUAUGUAAAAAUAAAACGCCGGAAUACGCGUGUAAAGCCUUUGUUUCCACGGCAGCGUGCGUUUCUUGCAGUUUAUUUUUACAUACUC